GUUUGACCUUCAAGUACUCGCGGUCUUCAACAGUGCGCGAUGACUCUAAGAGUGUUGUGAUGUAAUAGGCUUACUUAAGCGUUUUCCCAAGAAUUUAGGACAAAAUCUGAAACUUUAUAAUAAUUGACUGACGAGUUGUUACGUGAAACCUACCGUCACAUCGUUAAUACAUCAGAACUCGUUCUUUCUCAUAAUUCUGCUUCUUCGUGUUCAUUGAGUCAUCGUUCGUGCAUACGUAAUAGACUGCUGAACCACCAAACGUACUUCUGUCUUUCCCCACAGUUUACUGAAAACAACUUACUUUCCAGCUUACUAAGAUGGCCACUGUUGACUUUUUAAGUACAUUCUCUCGGCUUCCUAAACUUAUCGUGUUCGAUCUCGACUUCACUCUAUGGCCUCUGUGGUGCGACACUCACGUUUAUCCUCCAUUCAUACGAAAGAAUAACACUGUAUACGAUGCUAGUGAGAGACGAGUUGAUGUGUACUCAGAUGCGCAAGUAAUAUUGAGGAUGAUCAAAGAGUCUUCGAAAAUUAAAUUGGGAUGUGCUUCGCGUACUUCCGCUGUCAAUGUUGCUCGACAACUUCUACAAGCUCUUAAUUGGUCGGAUUUAUUUGAUUACACAGAAAUCUACCCUGGGUCUAAAACUGCUCACUUUAAAAGAUUUCAUGAAUUAUCUGGUAUAGACUAUGCGGACAUGUUAUUUUUCGAUGAUGAAACUCGUAACAUUCAUGAAAUUUCUAAAUUAGGUGUACAAUGUCAUUUAGUUCAACAUGGAAUAACAUUAAAUCUUUUAGAAGAUGCAUUAAGAAAAUUUCAACAACAAAGAAGAAUUCAUGAAUAUUUAAAUUAAUUAAGUUUCUUUUUUGUAAUUUGUAGUUAUUCCGUAAAUGCAAAAUUAUUAUUAUUAUUAUUAUUAUUAUUAUUAUUAUUAUUAUUAUUAUUAUUAUUUGAAGAAUAAAUUGUUUUGUUGUUGUGUUUUGAAGAAGUA